CUGGCAUUUCAAAAUUGCUGCAUUAGUUUAAUUCAUAAUUAAAUCAUGUCCAUCUUUUUUCCACUCCCCUUUUUGACAUUAGACCACAUAACCUUUCCAGUUUCGAUCCACCUCGUUUCUUCUCUAGCCAUUACUCUCUCUCUCUCUUCUUUCUCUCUCACUAUAUAUAUAUAUAUAAUCAUGAGCAGGUGGGAGAGCCAAAACUUGAAUUAGUAGAAGAAGAUAUACGGUAUAUAAGAUGGGGAGAGCGCCUUGCUGUGACAAAGCCAACGUCAAGAGAGGGCCAUGGUCGCCUGAAGAAGAUGCCAAGCUCAAGUCCUACAUCGAAAACCACGGCACCGGUGGCAACUGGAUUGCCCUACCUCCUAAAAUAGGCCUCAAGAGAUGUGGGAAGAGUUGCCGUCUGAGAUGGCUCAACUAUCUCCGCCCCAACCUCAAGCAUGGAGGCUUCACCGAGGAUGAAGAUAACCUUAUCUGCAGCCUCUACAUCAGCAUCGGCAGCAGAUGGUCUAUCAUCGCCGCCCAAUUGCCGGGAAGAACAGAUAACGACAUAAAAAACUACUGGAACACGAGGCUGAAGAAGAAGCUCCUCGUGAGGCAGCGGCGGCGCCAAUCGCAGCCCAAGAAACAAGUUCAAAAUUAUUCAAUCAUUAAUGGAUACAACCAGCUGCCUAUACUUGAUGAUGCAGCCACGAUGCAGCUGCCUGCUCUCGGGCCGCCUUUUUCUUGCAACACUACUCCCUUUCAUCACUAUGCUUGUGUUGAAGAUCAACAUCUCUACGCAAAUCCAUUGCUGAUGAAUCCUUCAGCGUCCACGAGCUUUGUGGAUGCCGGUUUUCGAGCAUUUGAUCGUAUGCCGCAAGAGAUGUUGGAUGGAUUUGACAUGAGUUGUGUUGUUGAUCAGGCUCCUGAGAUCUCCAGUUAUGAAGUUUAUCAGAGGAAUUGGGGGUUGUUAGGAUACUCAGAGUAGACAUUACCACUUCCUACAUCAAUGGUGCAUGUGUACAUUUUUCUUGGGGUUUCACUGCAGUGAUCUGUACUUGUUUUUAUUUAUUUAUCUUGUUUUGUUUUUCUGAAGAGGGUUUGUUUGUUCCUGUACUAUCACUUUCAUCAUCUAAGAUGCCUCUCUCUCUCUCUCAUAUGAAUUUCUUGACAUUUUGUA